AUGUCGCUGGGUGUAAGCGUGUCUUCGAGGCCGAAAGCUGUACUGGGCUCGUUCAGUUCGGAUUAUCUUUUAACAGUAUGCCAUCAAAUCAUCUUCUUGGCAACUGGAAUUUUCACAACCAUAUGCAACCAACACAUCUUCUACCAAGGUGGUGCAGAACCCUCAACAAUGCUCCUGUCCUUUCCAACGUAUGCAGGGAUGUUUCUGGUUGUACUCUUACCCAUCAGCCGCAAACCAGCCUAUAUCAGUCAAAGAAGAGUUUUCUUUUCUGCGGUCUUUGAUGUUGGAAGCAAUGUUUUGUGCAUGCUUGGGCUUCAGAUAGUAGGAAGCGGGGUGUUUCAGGUGCUAUAUGCCUCGGUUGUCUGCUUCAACGCCAUUCUCUCUCGCUUUUUCCUCGGCAAGCGACAAGGGUGGAUCCAAUGGCUCGGCCUGUUCAGUAUUGCCUGUGGUUUGGCUGUGACUUCACAAGAUUCUAUGAUGCGAUUCAUUCUUGGAAUCACAAUUACACUGAUUGGUUGUGUGGGGUAUGCUGGCUCAUACGUGAUCAAUGAGUUUAUUCUAUCAAAAGGAUCUGCCUCCAUUGUCCCCCAGCAGCUCUGCUUGAUGGUGGGGACCUAUGGUUGCUUGGCACAUUUAUUGUACUUCGGUUGCUAUACCAUCCCUCAUUGGGACAUGCUGGUGGUCCACAAAGUCAGGGAGAAGGGCGGCCACAUGGAGAGUGUAUUGUUCUUGUAUUUUCUAUUAGUUUUCAGCGCGUUUCUUCACAACAUGUCUUUCUUCCAUCUUAUCUGCCAUACGGGCGCCGUUUCAACUGGGAUAUUGACUGCGCUGCGAGCAAUCGGGGUUUUCAUCGUGUCUGGUGUAUGGUUUUGCGAACACAAUCCAGCACAGUGCCUGACCACCAAUAAGUCUAUAGCAGCUUGUGUGGUUGGAUUCGGCGCUAUCCUGUACAGCGUGGGGAAAAUCUCGAGCAACGCGUCUGAAGGCACGAUUGAGGCUGGUCUGAACGAGAAAGGAUCGGCUACACUUGAAACCUUGGUGAGCGUUUUCGUUCCUUCGUCGACUUUGCCGAAUGAUGCGAUUCUGAAAAAGUAUGACGACGAUUUUUGUAUUGAACAGCUCAGGGAGAAGGGCAAUGGUGAUUACGCGUGA